GCCAUUUAUUCACAGCCUCCAUGCCAGAAGAUAAUACACGCACGCCGUGUCAUCAUUUCGAGUAAAUGAACGUAUACUGAAGAUUAAAAGUUGAACGCCAUAAAGAAGAUCUAUAUGUAAAUGUUACACAGCUAGAUUCAAUAGAGACAGAAAGAAACAAAGGUACAAGAAGAUGUCUACUGAGACUGAGAAGCCAUAUGAUCCUAAUGACACAGUCCAAAGUAUGAAUUCAGUUGCAGAAGGGGAUACUUCAAUUUCAUCAGAAAAAGUAAUAAGUCCCACAAAGAGCCUUAACAUGUCAAAGAACAACAACUAUGGGGAUAAUGGAGCUUAUAUAGAAAGAGAUAAGUCCAAAUUGACCAAUGGUGUCAAGGAAGAGGAAUCAGACCCCCCACUGACCAAUGGGCAUUCUGACUCCCAAUCCCAGGAUGGACCUGUAAUGAAUGGUAUUAAUGGUGAGGGUGAUGAAGAAAAUGGUGCCAUUGAUGGUCACGACAAAGAAAAAGAAGAGGCAAAGACUAAUGAACAGAAUACUUCACCUCCAGAGGAAGAAAAGAAAGUAGUUGAAGAAGCCAAAAUAACCGUUCAGACACCCCCGGUUAGUUCAGGAGAACCCACUGCAGGGGACAACCAGCCUAAAGUAACCUAUAGUGCCACUUCCACCCCCAAAACAGGAGGGGACCCAGGAGAUGGCUUGAUAUACGGAAUGGACGAGUUAGCUCCAGCUGACAGUUUCCGUGUGUGGCAGCGUGAUGCAGCUGUAAAGCUACAGGUUGGUGAGGAAGCCUCGGAGAAACCACUCACUAUCAUGUCAGCAUUUGUGGAUGUGGUGAAGAGAAUACCUAACAACACCGCUCUAGCAACCAAGGAAGGGGAGGAGUGGAAGACUUGGUCAUACAGACAGUACUAUGAUGAUGUGAAGAGAGCAGCUAAAUCAUUCAUUAAGCUUGGUUUAGAUUCAUUUGGAGGAGUUGGCAUUUUAGGAUUCAACUCACCAGAGUGGUUGAUCUCCAACCUUGGGACAAUAUUUGCAGGUGGUUUGGCCACUGGGAUAUAUGCCACCAACUCCCCCGAGGCCUGCGAGUACAUCAUCAGUAACAGUAAGACCAAUGUAGUGGUGGUAGAGAACAAUGUUCAGCUGCAGAAAAUACUGAAGAUAUGGGACAAAGUGCCCCACCUCAAGGCCGUAGUGCAAUAUAAGGAUGAAGUUGCAGAGAGAAGGCCAAAUGUGUACUCCUGGCAAGAGUUUAUGGACCUUGGCAAGGAAACAGCAGACAGUGUUCUAGUGGAGAGAAUAAAGGCUCAGAGACCAAACCAGUGCUGCACCCUUAUUUACACAUCAGGGACAACUGGAAAUCCUAAAGGUGUUAUGUUGAGCCAUGACAAUUAUACUUGGUUAUCUAGAAAGAUCGUUGGAGCAACCAGGCUUAAGUUUGGUCAAGAGGUUUUGGUCAGCUAUCUUCCCCUCAGCCAUGUUGCUGCCCAGAUUGUGGAUAUCUAUGGACCUCUCAUAGCUGGAGCGGCUGUGUACUUUGCCCGACCAGAUGCUCUCAAGGGUACGCUACGUAUCACCUUGAAUGAAGUCCACCCAACUGUAUUCUUUGGUGUUCCUCGAGUGUGGGAGAAGAUCCAGGAAGGACUGAAGGAACUGGGGAAGCAGACGACAGGCAUUAAGAAGAAGGUGGCCACUUGGGCAAAGGGAGUGGGUUAUAAAGGGUCAAUGAGCCUGAUGAAUGGUGGAGGUACCCCCUUUGGCUGGUCCCUGGCUAACCUGCUGUUGUUCAGGAAGGUGCGUACUGGGCUGGGACUGGACAGGUGUAGUGUCUGCAGCUGUGGAGCAGCUCCAGUGAUGAAAGAAACCUUGGACUUCUUCCUGGGAGUGAACAUUCCAAUAAUGGAGACAUAUGGCAUGAGUGAAUCCACAGGCCCUCACACAAUAUCUGUGCCAUGGAGGUACCGCCUGACCUCUGUAGGGUUUAAUGUACCCGGCACCAAGACAGACAUUCUUAACCCAGAUGAAGAUGGCUGUGGAGAGGUGUGUAUGCGUGGCCGCCAUGUGUUCAUGGGGUAUCUGGACACUGAAGAGAAGACCUGUGAAGCCUUGGAUGCUGACGGAUUGCUGCACUCUGGAGACAUAGGAAAGAUUGACAAAGAUGGGUUUAUCUACAUCACUGGGAGAAUAAAAGAGCUGAUUAUCACAGCUGGAGGAGAGAAUGUGGCUCCUGUGCCCAUUGAAGACACAGUGAAGGAGGAACUCCCAGGGAUCAGUAAUGUUAUGCUGGUUGGAGACAAGAGGAAGUUUCUUUCAAUGCUCCUUACCAUGAAAGUAGAGGUGGAUGACAAUGGUGCUCCUACAGACAAAUUAAGCAAGGUGGCCACAGACUGGUGCAGAUCCCUGGGCAGCAGUGCCAGCACAGUGUCAGAUAUUUUAGACAAUAAUGAUGCCAAGGUGUUAAAGGCCAUUCAGGAGGGAAUCGAUAGGGCUAAUGCAAAGUCCACAUCAAGAGCACAGAAGGUGCAGAAGUGGUCACUCCUGGCCAAGGACUUCUCCAUACCUGGAGGAGAACUGGGACCAACAUUGAAGUUAAAGAGACCAGUGGUUUCCAAAAUGUACAAAAAUACUAUAGACAAAUUCUAUGAGGAGUAAAUUUAGACACACUUUCUUUCACAACUGCUUUCAAGAAGCUGCCAGCAGAAAUUGAAACUGAACAGUUACAAGAAUAUGCAAAAAAUACCCUUUAAUCUUUCUGUUCACACGUGGAACUUUUAAAGCAAGCGUCUGUUUAUGAUUAGCAAAAAAUAAUUUACCAGCUGAAAGAGACUUGCAUUAAUGUUAUUAAAUGCCACUUCAUUUUCUCCAUAAAGUAUCUGAAGACAGGGAAAGUAAUUGCCAUGUGAUUGUGAGUGAAAUCCAUUGAUGACCUUCAGACCCUCCAAUAUAGGUUCAUGAAACCUUCACCUGUCAGGUCAUAUGCACUUAAUUUGGAAAAUGUACUUUUACUAUUAUAAUACCUUAGCGCAUUGUUAAGGUAAGAUGCAUAUUAUGGAAGCUCACCCAUACUCAAACUUCCUGAGUUUAGUCCAGCUUCAGAGUGAAAGAAUAUAUACCAGAAGCUGUAGUGUUAUGUCUGACAAUUACAUUAUUAGUCAUUCGAUCACCUUUAUGUUGCUCAUGUGUUUGAGUAUGAACAAGCUUUUCGAGUACAGGCCAGAGUCCUUCCAAAAUGACAGAUACUAGUACAAUAUAUUUAUGCAAGAGGUUUAAGGAAAUCUAGAUUAGCCAGCAUGUAUUUACAUGUAGGUAAGCAGCAGAACACUGUUUUAUGUAAGAUUAGAAUUUAUCAUAAGCGGAAGAAGGCAUUUAUAUUGAGAGAAAAAAGGUUACUAGGUUCAUAAAUAAUUUCAGCAUAUUUCCAAAGUAUUUUUAACAGAGAGUGAUGCUUUUGUAUAUUUUUUCUAUUAAGAUAAUAAUUUUGAAAAAAAUACUGUAUAUAGCAGUUAUGUAUGUGAAGACUAUCCAUGUUUUCAAUUGUUAAUGGUUGUGAUGACGUCCCUAGUUUUAUGACGUGUGGGAACCCAAUUUUGGCACUCAAUUGUGUUUAGAAUAAUAUCAGGAAAUUGACUUUGGUAUCAAUUUGAAUGAGAGUUUGCUGUCGUGUUCAACCCAAGACUGUUUAAGUAAUGUGUAUGGCGCCACCUGGUGAUUGCCCACAAUAUAACUUAAAACACUGCAGAUUUUAUUCCAGUUUCAGUGAAGAAUUGCAAAACUUAUGAUCCAUAAAAUUUGCAAAAAUGGUCUUUCUUUUACAUUUUAGAAGUAUGUGUCGGCCUAUCAGCAUCACUUAUGUUUUUGCUUUUUUCUUUAUUAGUGAAGUACAGCUCUGGUAAAGAGUCUGGUUCCAACCUAUUUGCUGAGUAUUGAGUGCUAGGAAAUUGCUAGAAAAUUGACAUUUUUGAACGUGGGAUGUAGACUUCCUUUCAACAUAAAAUAAUUGACUCAAAGAGCAGUAUUUGGAGUUUGAGAACAGCAGAGAAAGGUUACUAAUACAUAUUAGAUAAGAUUAAGAGACCGAUUCUCCUCACUGCCUUUGUUCAAUCAGAUCUAUAAUUAAAGUACAUAUCUUCUCUUUUUCCUUGUCAACUGAUGAGCAGAAAUAAUAUAUCACAAAGCAAUGAUACCUGGACAUGUGAAAUCUGGCAUAAAACAUGCAGAAAGGAUUCAUGAUUCUGGAAUAAUCGUGGUAAUUUCUACAUUAUAUUGCUGAUACUGAUGCCUCAAGUUCUGUGAACAGAAAAAUUCUCAAAGGUGAUCAAUGUGCAGACUGAUAGUCAUCAAUAGUUUGUGUGGAAAGUAGCAUUUAAGUCAGCAUUAACCUUGUCCUUGUUCUGUGAAUAGAUAUGGCCAAUGGCCACAAGAAUUUAAAAAAAAAAAAGAACAUUAAUUGGUCGGAAAAUUAGUAGACCUGAAGCCAACAGCAUGCUUUUUGCAGAUCUCCAAAUGGCUGAAUUUUAAAAGAUUACUUUGGUUGUUUUGAUGACAAGUGUCUAAGACAAUAUUGUAAUUGUUUGUAUCAUCAGUGCAAGUCUAAGCUAAAUCUGGUGAGAAUGAAAGUGGAGGGUUGGAAGUUAAGGAGUAAAUGGCUACAUUAGGGCCCUUAGCACAUUAAUCAGUAUUGCUAAACUAGAGACUGCCAACUCGGUAGCCUGGAUUUUAUGUAAUAAAGUCACUGAAAUGGAGCCUCAGGCUCCACAUGGCCAGUUGAUCAACUGAACAGCAGGAAGUAGAUGUGGAUAACUUGUGAGAGAGUUUAAACCCCUGUAACAUGAUAACAUGCUGGGACCUCUCAUAGUGAACCAGUUCACUUGGGUGUUAUUAUGACAAUUUAGAAUACAUGUAAUAGUAGAGAAUGAAUCAUCACUAAUUACUUACAUAUUGCUAGUGGUUUACGUGUAAAUAUAUAUAUACAACACAACUUGACAGGAUUAUCAUUUUCUUUGGUUGAAGAAAGUAUAUCCAUUGACUUAUUUGUGUUAGCACUGAUACAUUCCAUGGAAUUAUCAUAUGUAUAAUGCACAAUGCUUUUUUUUCUUUGUUAACUUUUUAUUGUUGUUUGUUACCUGAUAAUGUUGAAUUGGAAUGUUUUGUAUGGCUGUGUUGGUAAUUUCUGGAACUUCAACAGCUUGGGUUGGGGUGCCUAUGGUUUAGGUAUGAAAUGUAGCAUAUAAUUUGAAUAAAAGUUAAGCAGUGUUUGAA